AUGUCAGCUUGGUUGAAAUCUUAACACAUAUUAACCAAUUGUAGCGUAAAGAUGAUAUUUGUGCGUAACAGUCACUAAGUGUGUGUGUGUGUUACAAUCUUCGUCAUCUUCAGACAUGAUUCAUGCGGCUCAGUUUUCCUGUUGACAUUCCGGUGUUGAAAACAACGACGAACAACCGGCUGUGCAAACGCUGCAACACCACAGUAUUGGUGAAACGCUCGUUUGUGGCAAUGGUGCGCCAGUUUUUCGGGACUCUCGUCGAUCGUCGCCUUUCGAAGCGAACUGCCCGUGGUGACAGUUUUUCGCCAGAUGGCUUCCAGACAAGAGUCUCUCCAAAACCGUGGUACGUUAGGCGCUGGGCGCCUCCUCGUGGUGGCGCUGCUCGUGGCAACAUGCUUCGUUGGCAGUGGAUUGGCAUCACUGAACUGCAAAAUAUGUCACUCGAUCGGAAACUACGAGGAGUGUCUGCGCAGCCCGUCCGCCCCGUGUACGGCCUCGCUCGUCAACACGUCCCACCUGUUUCUGUCGUCCUCCAAUCCGACCCUGCGCAACGUAUCGUACCCCGGCCCAGUGCCGGAGUUCCAGUGCUUCCAGGUGAACUACACGGUUGGUGUGAUGUGGCACUACCAGAUGGGCUGCACGUACGCGACGACCAAAAUCUGCGAGGGUUGGAAAACGGCCAGCAAGUGUCUUACGACUCGCUCGAACGUCAUGGGCGUACCGGGACGGGUGAAGGUGCCACUGCGGGCCGAUUAUAACCCGAACGGGCCACCGAUACAGAUCCAUCCGCGCCCGAACGCUGCGGCUGCGGCCGUACCAGUGCAGCACAGCACCCAACCACUGAACUGCAAAAUAUGUCACUCGACCGGAAACUACGAGGAGUGUUUGCGCAGCCCGUCCGCCCCGUGCACGGCCUCGCUCGUCAACACGUCCCACCUGUUCCUGUCGUCCUCCAAUCCGACCCUGCGCAACGUAUCGUACUCCGGCCCAGUGCCGGAGUUCCAGUGCUUCCAGGUGAACUACACGGUGGGUGUGAUGUGGCACUACCAGAUGGGCUGCACGUACGCGACGACUAAAAUCUGCGAAGGUUGGAAAACGGCCAGCAAGUGUCGUACGACACUCUCGAACGUCAUGGGCGUACCGGGACGGGUGAAGGUGCCACUGCGGGCCGAUUAUAACCCGAACGGGCCACCGAUACAGAUCCAUCCGCGGCUGAACGGUGCCGCUGCCGCCGUACCAGUGCAGCGCAGCAGCAAGUCGGUCGCUUCCGGACGAAGUGCCAUCGAAUGUUUGUUCCUUUCGCUGGUGUUCGGUUGGGUGGCAACAACGCUGCUACGAUACUGAGGGAGGGCGAUGGUAGUUGAAAUAAAGUUUUAAGAAUUAUGCUGUAUGCCCGAAGAACGGUGCUUUUCCCCCCGUUUUUCUGUGAACAA